GCGAUCACACCGGAAGUGGUACGUGAUCAAGAUGGCUGCCUCCUGCAGGUUGGAUAGUUGCAACGUGAUUCUGGCUUAAUGGCAAUUCCAGUCGUUUUAAUGUCAAGGGACAAUUCUGAUGUUACGCUUGUGAAUUGUGGAGUUACAACAAAACCCUGUAUUUAUUUGGAUAUUUUAAGACCGGACACUAAUAACGUCUUUUGAUAAGACGUACUUACUUCUGCUUCCCGGCGUGAUCGUCGGUGUUUUAGCAACUUUUUAAUUUUUUUCGUAUUUGUUUUUCCUUCCAAGAAGGUGUGACAUCAGUUUAUUUUUCAACCGUGAAUUUCAAGAAGAAAUGACUGCGUAUAAACCUACUAAAAUUCAAAGCUACCCAAAGCUUGGAGAAAAAGUUACACAAGACACCAUCUACUGGAAAAAUUAUAAGACACCCAUUCAAAUUAAGGAGUUUGCUGCUGUUACAAAAAUAGACUUCUCUCCUGUUCCUCCCUAUAACUAUGCAGUAACUGCUUCAUCAAGGAUCCACAUCUAUGGGCAAUAUUCCCAGGAACCGAUUAAAACCUUCUCCAGAUUCAAAGAAACUGCCUACUCUGGCUCCUACAGGGAAGAUGGGAAACUGCUUGUGGCUGGGAGUGAGGAUGGCUUGGUGCGAGUGUUUGAUCUUGCUGGAAGGGAAGCACUCAGGAAAUUUUCAGGACAUACAAAAGCUGUUCAUGUAGCAAAUUUUACAUCGGACAAAUAUCACGUAUUUUCUGGUGGGGAUGACUACUCUGCAAAGUUCUGGGAUAUGCCAACAGCAUCUGAAUUAAUUUCCUAUGAUGAGCAUACAGAUUAUGUCAGGUGUGGCGCUGCUAGCAAGCUAAAUCCUGAAAUGUUUGUGACGGGUUCAUAUGAUCACACAGUAAGGGUUUUUGAUGCUCGCACAGAUAAAAGUGUAUUAAAUAUGGAUCAUGGCCAGCCUGUAGAGAGUGUGCUCCUUUUCCCUUCAGGGGGACUCUUGGUGUCUGCAGGUGGAAGAUAUGUGAAAGUCUGGGAUUUGCUGAAAGGCGGUCAGCAGCUUGUAUCACUGAAAAAUCAUCACAAGACAGUGACAUGUCUUUGUCUCAGUAGCUCUGGUCACAGGUUGCUCUCUGGAUCACUUGACAGGCAUUUAAAAGUAUAUAGCACAACAUCAUACAAAGUAGUGCAUAGUUUUGAUUAUGCCACAUCUGUCUUGAGUCUUGCUUUAGCACCAGAAGAUGAAGUAAUCGCUGUGGGGUUGACAAAUGGCAUACUCAGUAUUCGUCACAGAAAACAAACAGAAGAAAAACUUCUAAUGGAAAAUAAAAAAAGACGUAAACCAGCCUAUCGUUAUUAUGUGAGAGGCAAGAACUAUAGGCCGAAACAGGAUGACCUGUUAGUGAGCAAACCUGUUAAAAUGCACUUAAAGAAGUAUGACCGACAACUUAAAAGCUUUGAAGUGACAAAAGCGCUUGAUACAGUCCUUGAGCCUCACAUUAGGAUAAAAACCCCAGAAGUAACAGUUGCAGUUCUUCAGGAACUUAAUCGGAGAGGUACUUUAAUGAAUGCAUUAGCAGGAAGAGACGAGAAGAACUUUUCAAUACUGCUAAAUUUCUUAAUCAGGCAUGUAGUUGAUCCAAGGUUUGCUCGAAUUUUAAUAAUUGUUGCAGAUAUGGUCUUGGACAUCUAUGGUUCCAUACUUGGACAAUCUGCAGUGAUUGACAAGCAGUUUGUACGACUUCAAGAGCUAAUUGAGAAGGAGUUGGACUACCAGCAGGAACUGGUAGAAGUUCUAGGGAUGAUGGAUACUCUGUUUGCAACAAUGACAGCAAAAAAGGAAGCUCUGGCACCACAAAGUAGGUCUAAUGGUCCUACAGAGGGACAACCGCACACUGAAGUCAUGCCUGACCAAGAAGAAAUGUCUUAAAACAGCACCUGAAUUUGAAUAAGUCAGGACAACGUUUUGAAUUCCUGUCUUCCAAAACAGGAUUUUAGAAAAUUCUUUUUUGAAUAUUCUUUGACAACAAUUGCUCAAAAUGUCCAUAAACUGCAGCUGUGCAAGUUUCAGUUUGGCAAAAUACUGAUUGCACCUCAAAUACAUCUCCUCCAGCAGGCAACUACAUUACGGAUGAUUUUUGUUUGAUUUUUUUUUUAAUUAUGUUUUUUUAAAAGACAUUUUUAUGAAAGAAAGAAUGAAGGUAUAUCAGUCUCUUCUCAAGACAUUACUUUACUUUCAGAAUAACCCAUUUAUUUUUUGACUUAGAACUAUUUUAUUAUCAAAAUAAAUUAUGGAUUUUUGGGAACAUGAUUGUGCUGUACAGCUCUUAAUGGUAAAUUGAUGAGUCAUUCAGAUUUCAAAAGUGCUUCUAAAUAUGUUCAAAUAAUAAACACCAUCUUCAAUUUUAA